GUGUACACACGCAUAUUAUAUUUAAUUUAAGCGUAAUUUCUUUGUUGGAACGCCAAAAUCCAAACGCCAAGAAAUGCACUUCGAAGCUUUCUCUGCUCUUUGCGAAUGAAGAGCCUGUUGUAGUGAUUUCGUUUCAAAGCAGAAUUUUAUGAUUCUUCAGCAGUAUUUGAGUAGUUUCAUUUGUCCAGCUGAAAUUGUUGAACGUCAAAGGAGUACGAAGCUGGGCUGAUUAAAGUUGUUAAAAUGCUUCUGAGAAAAGGAAGCUAAUGCCCAGAACACUAUCGUUUAUUAACUCGAGGAAGAGAAGAUAUCGUUAAAUUUAAAAUAAUAGUUGAUGAUGAUCCUAUUUGCCUUUUAUUUCUCCACCAUGAGAAUCUAUUUCAAUUUAUUAUUAUGAUGUGCUUUCAUGUAGAACACAUUGUUAUACUUUCCUAGGAAACUAAUGAAGUUGGCUGAAAGAAAAUAAGUGGGUGGGACCGGGGGAACUGUGGAAUAGAAUCAAAAUCUGUGAACUCUCUUCCCCUGAUUGAUCUAUGUGUUAAUUGACUUAUCAAGUCCUUAGUUAAAGAUCCUGAAUUCUAGAGGUAAAUUUUUCUAUUUAGCUAUGAUGCAAUUUCUUGAUUAUCUCUUUUUACAGGUCCUAAAUUCCGUUGGAUUAUGAAAGGGUUGGUUGAAAGGUACAAAAGAUGGAACCGGGUGCAUCCAACUUAUGGAGCUUUUUGGGGGAUUGGCGUGGGCAUAGGUUGUGGUAUUGGUUGGGGUCCUGGUUUUGGCCCUGAAGCCAUCGGCUAUGUUGGAGCUGGUUGUGGCAUUGGAUUCGGUGUUGGAUUCACUCUGGCUGGCCUAGGUAUUGGUCUUCCAGUCAACUUUAUCUUCCAAGUUCCUUAUAACGCUAUUAUGGCAACAAGAGGCUCUGCAUUGAAGUUGGCACGGUCAAGUAGUCCUCUUUCAAAAAAUCAUUUUGCAGGAGAUGGCUGGACUGGAAUUGCACCUCAUGUCUCCGAACUGCUUAGAGAAGCAAGUGAGAAAUUCUCUAGCUUUAGGCAACAGCAUUUAUCAGUUAAGGGCACCGAUCUUUUUGCAAUGAAAAAUAGCCUCCCAUUACUUGCUACAUCUGCUUGUGAAAGUUUUCGAGCAUUGAAUACUCAGUUUUUCAGCUUGCGCAGAGCACACCUUCUGCCAAGAGCCCCUUCCAACAUCCAAAAAACCAGCUCUGGUUCUUAUCACACCAUACUACAUAAAUGGCCGUAACUACCUCCAGUGGUCAUCAAGCCUGAUAUGGUCUGCUAGUGCCAGAGGCAAGGCAAAUAAGCUUACUAGAUCUGCUGCUCUGUCUAGUGUUGAUGAUGCUAAAUAUGCUACCUGCGAGGCUGAAACCAGCUUGGCACUAUCUUGGUUGAU